GUCAGAGGUCGUAUAUAUGUCUGCAACCAUGCAUGCAUAUAUUCGUCUCUCAGUAACACUUAUUGACUCUGUUAAUUAAUGCACAUUUCCGCCAACUAGCAUUUUAUUGAUUCAUCGUUUACCAAUCAAUUUUAAUGCGUAGUGACCAUUCAUUUUGCUGUAGCCUGUAGACACAUCUGGUAAUUAGGAGUAUAUAUCUGACUGACGAUGGCUAGACUGUUACUAGCUCCCAUAUUGCUACUCAUUGCGAUAUGCGGCCGAGCUGUCUCACGACCUCCGCCUCCGACAUCCGAUGCUGCCCUAACUCAAGUGGCCGCUUCUCUGCAAAUGUUCGUCGACCAACUCCCUGUGAUGCCCAGGCUGUAUGGCUAUUCCAACGAAGGCAACACCAAGCCUAAGUCUGGCAAUCUCGUCGUUGGCAUGUUUGAAAAGAAAUGGAAAUUUCACCGUGAUUUGCCAGAAACAACGGUCUUCGCGUUCGGCACAAGCCCAGAAGAAGCAACCGUGCCCGGUCCAACAAUUGAGGCCAUCCAAGGCGUACCCAUGUCGGUGACGUGGCAAAAUCACCUCCCUGAAAGCCACAUACUCCCGUGGGACCCCACCGUCCCCACCGCCAUUCCCAAGAACGGUGGUGUCCCAACUGUCGUCCAUCUCCACGGUGGGAUCCAAGAACCACAAAACGAUGGCCACCCUGAUGCCUGGUUCACUUCCAACUUCAGGGAGACCGGGCCCACCUGGACCAAAUCCACCUACACCUACCCUAACGUCCACCACUCAGGAAGCUUUUGGUACCAUGAUCAUGCAAAAGGACUGACACGUGAAAACUUGUUAGCUGGACUGAUUGGCGCCUACGUCAUCUGCAAUCCCGCCCUGGACGCUGCCCUUAACCUUCCCUCUGGACCCGAGUUCGACCGGCACCUGAUGAUCUUCGACCGGAGCUUCAGUCGGGACGGCUCCCUCUACAUGAACUACACCGGCAAUGUCCCUUCCAUUCAUCCCCAGUGGCAACCGGAGUACUUCGGCCAUGCCAUCGUCGUUAACGGCAAGGCUUGGCCUUACCUGAAGGUUCAGAGACGGAAAUACCGGUUCAGGAUCAUCAACGCUUCCAAUGCUCGAUAUUUGUCGCUGUCGUUAAGCAACGGCCUGCCGUUUGUCCAAGUCGCCUCCGACGGUUCCUAUCUUCCGGCACCGGUACAUACGCAGAGCGUUGUCCUAGCACCCGCCGAGAUAGCUGAUGUGAUCAUUGACUUCUCAACUUCGGGCACCACCGAGGCUGUACUGAACAAUGAUGCACCCUAUCCGUACCCGGGCGGUAGUUCUGUGGAUCAGCUCAACUCCAAGGUAAUUAAGUUCAUAAUUCCACCGGAGAAGCCGAAAGUUCCCGACACCUCGAAGAUCCCGAGCAGUCUAGUGAGUUACCGGGCGACGGCGACGGUAGACGGUGCGGCGAAGACAAGGUACAUCGUGUUCUAUGAAUACAGGACCUCGUCCGGGGAUACCACGCACUUCUUGAUAAACGGUAAAAAGUUCUCCGACCCGGUGACGGAGACACCAAAGUCCGGUAGCACAGAGGUGUGGGAAGUGAUCAACUUGACCAACGACGAUCACCCGUUACACAUGCACUUGGCAACAUUUCAGGCAAUCAAAGUGCAGGCUCUGGUGAAUGAAGCCCAGUUCAACAGUUGCAUGAUUGCCAAGAACGACGCGAUCGCAUGCAAUGUGGGAUCCUAUGUAACAGGGAAGGUAACCGAUAUACCCCCUACUGAGAGGACAUGGAAGAACAUAGUGAAGAUACCCCCGGGAAACCAAACAACCGUCGUCGUCAAAUUCAAUCUGGUCGACACCAAUUCCCCUUAUCCGUUCGAUGCUACGGCAGAACCGGGAUACGUCUACCAUUGUCAUAUUCUGGACCACGAGGACAACGUGAUGAUACGACCAUUGAAGCUGGUUUCAGGAAGUUGGUCUGAAUCUGAUGAUAAAGGAAAAGGGGAGACAGAAACAGAAAGAAACGGCUGAAGCUAGUUUCAGCAGGGUGCAUAGAUGAGAUCUCCUUUGCUUCUUCUGUUACAAGACAUCAGAGUUUAAUUUGCUUUCAGUUGUAGCUAGAAAUUGAAUUGAGUCAGCCCAUUUGAUUGCUCAGGAAGCUGCAUAGCAGAGCUAUCAGAAUAGCUAUUGCUGUUCCAUGGCUUUCCUUUUGUUCAUGCUCAUGCUCAUUCUGUUCUUGUAUCCAGGAAGUUUGUCCAUCUGUGUUUGAUAUCAAUGGAAUUCCUGGAUCUUCUUGUCAAAAAA